UCUUCCCUCUUUUCGUCUACUACUGCUCACCCAUUCGUUGUCUAUCACCUACCUAAUUAUCGUCUGUACAUAGAAAUAGCCGUAUCAAUCUUAUUUGAUAUUAUACAGUAUUUGAAGCAACUCAAAGAGAAUCAAAAAUCCCAUCACUUUCUUUUUUUCUCCUCAAUUACUUUUUGAAAAAGUUACUCUUAUGUCGGCAAUAACAACGACGGGGAAGACGACAGCUUCUGCAAAAGCAGCUCGUCAAUCUGUGGAGCAAGUUGCCCGAGAAUUUAACACAGACACGUCGAGCGGUUUAAGGGCUUCAGAUGUGCCUAGUUUGCGUGCCCUUUAUGGUUCAAAUGAAUUAGAAGGAUCAGAUGAAGAAUCGCUAUUUUCAAAAUUUUUGGAUUCGUUUAAAGACCCUUUAAUCUUGUUACUGCUAGGGUCAGCGUGUAUAUCAAUGCUGAUGGGGCAAUUUGACGACGCCAUUAGUAUUACGAUGGCUAUCAUAAUUGUAGUUACAGUUGCUUUUGUUCAAGAAUAUCGGUCAGAAAAGUCCUUGGAAGCAUUAAAUAAAUUGGUACCACAUCACUGUCAUUUAGUCAGAGAUGGCAAAAUUUCAGAUGUGUUAGCAAACGAUUUGGUUCCUGGCGAUAUUGUUCGUUUUGGUGUUGGUGAUCGUAUUCCUGCAGAUUGCAGAGUUACGUCGUGUGUAGGAUUAGAAAUUGACGAGUCAAAUUUGACAGGAGAAAAUAAGCCUCGACGUAAAAUUUCAGACGCGAUUGCAACCUCAACGUAUGCAGAGUUAGCUAUUAAUGAACGAGAAAAUAUUGCUUUUAUGGGUACACUUGUGAGAAAUGGGCACGGUGAGGGCAUUGUAGUUGCUACAGGAAAGAGUACCGAAUUUGGCCAUGUUUUUGAACUUAUGCAAGAGGUGGAAGUCAGAAAAACACCUUUGCAGAUUAGUAUGAACGAUCUCGGUAAACAGUUAUCCAUGUUCUCGUUUGGUGUCAUUGGUGUCAUUGUUGUCAUCGGUCUCAUUCAAAGGCGUAGCUGGUUGGAUAUGUUCACAAUUGGUGUGAGUUUGGCCGUAGCUGCUAUUCCUGAAGGCCUGCCUAUUGUUGUCACAGUAACACUUGCACUGGGAGUCCUCCGAAUGGCCAACCGUAAAGCAAUCGUGAAACAGCUACCCUCUGUUGAAACUUUAGGUAGUGUCAAUGUUGUCUGUGCCGAUAAAACUGGCACUUUGACUGUUAAUCAAAUGACCGUAACCAAGGUAUUUACAGUUGAGAAUCAAGAAACCUUUGAUUUUGAAUACAAAAUACCACAGAAAUCAACUGAAGCUUUACGACAAACCUUUCGUAUCGGUAAUUUAUGUAAUAACGCUCAAGUGGGAGAAGGUGGUAAAUUGUAUGGACAGCCUACAGAAAUGGCUUUAUUGGACGUUGUUUUACGUAGUGGUUUGAAGGAUGAACGUCCGCAUUAUGACCGUAUUGAAGAAAAUCCUUUCGAUUCUGAUGUGAAAUAUAUGUCCGUGACAUGCCGCUUCAAAGACGAACCUAACAGUAGAGGCAUUAUCUACAUGAAGGGCGCUACUGAAGUCAUCAUGGAAAAAUGUACCACCUAUUAUACCUCUAAUAAAGCACGUGCAACUUUUACUAAGAAGCUUAAGGAAUCGGUAGCCCAACAUGUUGCCGCCAUGAGCUCUCAUGGUCUUCGUGUGCUGAGUACUGCGUUUGGUGAAAAAGACAAUGAACUGUGCUUCACUGGUUUCCUGGCUGUUCAUGAUCCCCCGCGUCCUGACGUUGCUGAUGCUAUCAAAAAGCUAGUUCAAGGUGGUGUUAAAGUCGUGAUGAUUACAGGUGAUUCGGAAGCUACAGCCCUUUCUAUUGCUCGUCGAUUAGGUAUUCCUACCAAUAUCAAAGGAAGUUGUCUUACCGGCCAUGAUAUAGAAUCCAUGUCAGAGCGCCAACUCCAAGAGAUGAUUCAACAUGUUUCUGUAUUUGCCCGUACUACACCUAAGCAUAAAUUAGCAAUUGUACGUGCUUUUCAAGAAACAGGUGCUGUGGUAGCUAUGACUGGUGAUGGUGUUAAUGAUGCUCCUGCUCUGAAAAUGGCAGACAUUGGUAUUUCCAUGGGCAAAAGUGGAACUGAUGUUUCGAAAGAAGCAGCUGAUAUGAUUUUGGUAGAUGAUGCGUUUUCUACCAUUUUAAACGCAAUUGAAGAAGGCAAGGCUAUCUUUUAUAAUAUUCAAAACUUUCUGACGUUCCAAUUGAGUACAAGUAUUUCUGCUCUUUCCUUGAUCGCUAUAUGCACUUUGUUCGGUCUGAAGACACCUUUAAAUGCUAUGCAAAUUCUUUGGAUUAAUAUUAUCAUGGAUGGUCCUCCUGCUCAAUCCUUAGGAGUUGAACCCGUAGAUCCUGAAAUUAUGAAGAAGCCACCAAGAGCACGCAAUGCUAACAUUUUAACAAAGCCGCUUAUUACCCGUGUAUUGACAGCAGCCGUUAUUGUCACUUUGGGAACGAUGUUUGUCUAUCUGUCUGAAAUGGCCGAUGGUGUUGUCACCAAUAAAGAUGCUACAAUGACAUUUACAACCUUCGUCUUCUUCGACAUGUUCAAUGCUUUAGCCUGUAGAUCAGAGAAGCAGUCCAUUUUCAGUAUCGGUUUCUUCUCUAACAAGAUGUUCAACAUUGCCGUUGGUGGCUCGAUCGUUGCACAAAUGCUUGUCAUUUAUACUCCUUUUUUCCAGGCCAUUUUCCAAACUGAAGCACUGUCUUUGAGUCAAUUAGUCAAGAUCGUUCUUGUGACGAGCUCUGUUUUUUGGGUCGAUGAAGCGAAGAAAUGGCUUGGUCACAAAGGCGUAGUGGGUGUCUCGACUAGAAGAUCAGGGACCCGCAUCAAUUAUCGUGUUCUACGCUCUGAUGAGGUAGAAAACGCAAUUGAUCUUGUGUAAAAAAACCAGACAUAAUUCCCCUCAAAUCUUUUUUUAAAAAUUGACCAUCACAUAGUAUACAUCAUAGAUAAUCAUUUUGUUUUGUUUUCCCUCCUUCAUAUAUUGUCUUUGUAGUGUCUUCUUUACCUUCUUUUGAGCUAACAAAAUCUAUGACAGAAAUUGUUUAGACACAAUAGCAAAAAGUAUAAAUACCAUAGAUUGUAUUUCAGUAUUCAGUUUAGUUGUCU